AUGGAUGUGUACCACUGGAUACUCAGGGUAGAGCACUACGUCGGGCUUGGGAUGAGCGGAUUCAAGCUGGUAGGGCACUGGCUCCACGUGCCCAUCCUCUGCCUCAUGGCCGCCUUCGCUGUCUACGUCGUGGCCUACCACCUCUGGUGCUGGCGCGAGCGCGGCCGCCUCCUCGGCGCCACGCAAUACGCCUCCACCUCUCACGGCCUCGUCGAGUACAAGUGGUAUGGCUCCGGUCCUGUUGUGCUCGUGCUUCACGGGACGCCUGGAGGAUCGGACCAGGGAGGGAUGUGGCAUCAGCUGCUGCUGGGCGGGGAACAUUUCUCCGUCCUGGCACCUUCCCGCUUCGGCUACGUCGGCACACAGUUGGAGGCCGGUCACCACGGCAGCCGGGCCGAGCUUACGCUCCCGCAACAAGCCGAGGCCAUCAAUGGCCUUCUUCAUGCCCUCGACCUCAACAAGGUCGGCGUGGUCGGCAUCGGAGGAGGCGGCCCGCUGGCGAUGGAGCUGGUUAAGAACUACCCUCACAAGUUUUGGGCGUUCGUGCUUCUCGGUGCCGUCACCCGGAAGUGGCAACCACCAGAAGAGGAAUCAUUCGCGGAUCUCGACUCCCUGGAGAGGUUUGUCUUCCGUCAGCUGAACGGGUUGGCCAUGUGGACCUACUACCUCCUUUCGGUUUUCUUCCCUUCAUUCAUGCUGCGGUCGCUGUACGCCGAGGGAUCUUCGUUGGACCCGAAUGCGAUCGAAAACCUGCGAUCCCAGGGCAUGGACCGCGACCUCCAACUAUUUGCGUCAUUGCCCGAAUCCAUCGAUGAUAUGAACCGAGCAGAGUCGGUGCCGGCGCUGAUCGUGCACGGCAAGGCCGACAAGAGCGUCCUCGCAGCGAAUCACGCCGAGGCGGCCCACGCGGCGAUGCCCUGGUCGGAGCUGUACCUGGUCGACGAGGCCUCGGGCAUGCUGUGGCUGGGCCAGGAGGGCGAGGCCGUAUCGCGCAAGGUCGUCUCCUUCCUCAUGGGCCGCAUGGAGCGAGGCCAGGUCGACGAGCUGCGCCACCACCACCCGGCCAACGCCUCGCCCAACAGCAGCGUGGUGGUUGGCGUCGGCGGCAACACGCGGCGAAAGGCGAAGAAGACCAACAAGAAGAAAGCUACGGCGAAGAAGGACAAGGAAGGCUGA